UUGUUAAUGCAAUCACUUGAAAGCGAGAAAGACAAAACAGAAUCCAAGCAGAGAAAUUUUAACAGUAGUUCCAACCCGAUUUAAUUUUUUAACAUCAUGGAAGGAACUCCUCCACACGUUCUGUGUUCCACUGAAGUUGAUCCAGACGCUGAAGUUGAGGAGCAAGACGACAACAAGUCAGACUUGAGGAUCGUCCUACUGGGAAAAACUGGAGCUGGGAAAAGCAACUUGUGCAACACCAUAUUUGGAGAUGAUGUGUUCAAGAUAAACCACACUGCAAAGUCUGAGACAACAAAAUGUCAGAGUGAAAACAAAUCUGUCAAUGGGAGAAGAAUCACUUUGAUUGACACCCCUGGUUUCUUUGACACAAACAGAUCUGAGGAGGAGCUGAAGCCUGAGAUGGCGAGGUGUAUCACAGAGUGCGCUCCUGGGCCUCAUGCUUUUCUCAUUCUGCUUAAAGUGGAGAAAUAUACAGAGCAAGAGCAGGCUGUCAUCAACAACAUAUCCCAGUAUUUCUCUGAGGAGGCUUUCAAACAUGCUGUAGUUGUCUUCACUCAUGGUGACCAACUCCCUGAAGGAAUGAAGAUUGAGGAAUAUUUCAAAGACAAUAAAGGUCUGUGUGAUCUGGUAGAGAAGUGCGGCGAUCGCUGCCACGUCAUUGAUAAUAAAUACUGGAACAACAACCAGCAGGAUGAAUACAGGAACAAUAAAGUCCAGGUGGCAGAGCUGCUCAACACAAUACAAGCAAUGGUGGACAAAGGAGGCUGCUACACCAAUGACAUGCUACAAAGAGUGGAGACAAAAAUACAACAAGAGGAGAAGCUCAUCAGACAGUCAUCACCAGAUAUGUCAGAGACAGAAAUCAGAGAGAUGGCAAAGAUCAAUGUCUCAAAUCAUCUCAGGAAAAUAGUUGGUGUUACUGUAGGAACACUGUUGGGAGCUUUGCUUGGUGUGCCAGUGAUGGUUUCAUCAGUUGUCACAGCCUUUAUGACAGUGCAAACCGGAGCAGUAGCAGUGGAGGCAGCAGUGGUAGCAGGAGGAGGAGCUGCAGCAGCUGGAAUUGGAUUAGGUGUAAUUGCAGGAGCUGCUGCAGCAGCAGGAGCAGUAGCAGGAGGUUGUAUUGGAUAUAAUGUAGCUGAUCAAGCAAACUCACCUGGAGAGGCAGCAAAGAACACAGCUAUUGCUGUCUUUGACAAAGCUAAAAAAAUGCUGAAAAGGCAAAAGCAAAGUGAGGAGAAAUCAUCUGUUCUUAAACACAGUUGAAACAAAUGGGCUUCUUCUGGUCUUUUAUCAUGACUACACUUUGAAAACACAAUUCCUAUCUAAAAGACCAUUGGACCUUACUACUUGAGAAAGUCUUUUACAGUUUUAGAAACCCUUGUUGAUGUUUUAGAAAUCUUUCAUAGAUUUUUGCUUUUGAUGAGAACUAUUUAAACUGCACAGCAAAAAGAUGACAGCAGAGGCAGCAACUGUCCAGGAAAUGUAGAAUUCUAACACCUACUAAAUAGACUUUAGCAACAUAUGCAUCCAGGAUCAAAAACAAGGUGAGGAGGAGAAACAAAUGCAGAAAUGAAAUGUUUUUUUUUUUUAAUGUUUUUUUGUGUGUGCUUUCCCUCUUUAUGUCAGUGAUAUCAGAUUGAUUUUAUGGUAAUGCAUUAAAUUUUGAUUGUUACAAUAAAACCUCUCAUUUGUUGACAUUUCCUUUUUUUCAAAAUGAAAAAUGCAAAUAGAUUUAUUGUGUAAUAAUUCUACAACAGAUACUUCAUCACUUUCAGAUGUUUGACUAGAGUCAGAAAAACACAUGAGCAGUGUGCACACGUUCAAUCUGAGAAUAGUGUGGGUAUGAAAUCAAGAUGGCCUUCAAUUCUCUCAAAAACAAUUUUGAAAACAGUUGUACAUGAAUCUAACUCUUUGGCAUGUGAAGUGUAAUGUGUGUGGUUUCUUUGAAAUGUCUUUUUAAAAUAAUAAAUGAA